UUAUAUUGAUAAUAUAUCCCACACAUAUCAAUUGGAAAAUGUCACAGCUAAACAACUAUGGGUCAUGGUGGUGGGAAAUGACGAGCAGCAACUACAAUACGGAAUUUACUCUUGCAGUUGUCACCAUUUCAGUAGUAAUUUUGACUAUUAGUCUAUGGUACAAAAUGACUACUACUGUUUCAAGCUCCUCCUCGCCACCAGGUCCACGUUCUUUGCCAAUAGUUGGGUACCUUCCGUUUCUUGGUCCUGAAUUGCACAAACAGUUUGUCGAGAUGGCUGACACCUUCGGACCCAUUUUCAAGUUCCAUUUGGGAUCCAAGGUUAACAUCGUGAUUAACUCCCCAGAAUUAGCAAAAGAAGUGGUUCGCGACCAAGACGACACAUUUGCUAACCGCCAACAAACAGUUGCUGUCUCGAUAUACAGUUACGGAGGUCAAGACAUAGUGUUUUCGGACAACAACUCCAGCUGGCGUAGCCUUCGAAAGAUAUUAGUCCAGGAGAUUUUGAAUAACAAAAAUCUCGAAGCAUGUCGUUCCCUUAGAAGGAACGAGGUCAGAAAAACCAUCAAAAAUAUCUUUGGUAAAAUCGGUACAUCAGUCAAUAUUAACGAGAUUGCUUUCUCAACCGAGGCGAAAGUUGUUUCAAGCAUGGUUUGGGACAACACUACUACGUCCUCGGCUGGCAGCCAAGUUGGAGACGAAUUAAGGAUGAUAGUUUCGGACAUAGCUGAGACUAUUGGACUGCCAAACCUGUCUGACAUCUUCCCUUGUCUUGCACGAUUUGAUCUGCAAGGUGUUGAGCGAGACAUGCAAAAACACCUUAACAAGUUGCGUCAAGUUCUCACUGCCAUCAUUCAAGAUCGAAUCGAAUCUAACUCGAAAUUAGCAGCACAAAAUGGAGUAGCUGGCCGUGAUGGAAAGAAAGAUUUUUUGCAAAUUUUGCUAGAUCUUAAAGACCAAAAGCAUCCAUCCGCACUUGACAUCACAAAAAUAAAGGCACUCCUUGUGGACAUUAUGACCGCGGGGACAGAAACAACGACGACACUGAUAGAAUGGGCAAUGGCGGAAAUCAUGUGUAAUGAGAAGGUAAUGAAAAGGGUUCAAGGAGAACUAGAAGAGAUGGUGGGGGAAAACAACAUAGUAGAGGAAUCUCAUCUCCCAAAACUACAAUACCUAGAUGCAACAAUUAAGGAAACAUUCCGGUUGCACCCUGUCGUCCCAUUGCUAUUGCCACGAAAACCAAGCCAAGAUUGCGUUGUAGGUGGAUACACCAUACCAAAAGGUUGUACCAUCUUUUUAAAUGUUUGGUCAAUCAACCGGGAUCCUCGGUACUGGAACAAUCCCUUGGAAUUCAAUCCAGAUAGAUUCUUGAAAAACAAAUGGGAUUAUAACGGAAACAAUUUGAAGUUCUUCCCGUUUGGAUCAGGAAGAAGGAUUUGUCCAGGUAUUCCAUUGGCCGAGAGAAUGCAAAUGUUUGUCUUCGCGUCUCUCUUGCACUCGUUUAACUGGAGCUUGCCAAAGGGUGAAACGCAUGACCUUUCUGAAAAAUUUGGUAUUACCCUUAAGAAAAGAAAACCACUCAUUGCUAUUCCGUCUCAAAGGUUAGCUGAUGCGGGUCUCUAUAAUUAAUUAAUUUGCUACUUAAAAUCUACAAGCUUCGAGAUUUAAUUUGAUCGAUAUAUUUUCACUUUUGGAUGCAUGGGUAGACUAGUGUUUUUUGUUUUCUUUUUGCGAACGACUGGUGUUGUUCGUUAAUGGGUAAAAUAUAAGUAUUAAUAAAUCCAUCUACGUCACUUAUUCUCCGGCCACGUGAUGAACUAUUUGCUAUGUUGAUUGAAUGUACGUCUUUAGUUAUUGUGU